AUGUGCGUAGAAAUCACACAAACUCAACAAUUCAACAACAACAAAAUGGAUAUCUCCAACAAGAAAUCGUAUAGCGUGAAGAAGCUGUUGAAACAAAUCUUCAAACAACAAAAAUCCACCAAACGUACUGCGGAAUCAUUGGAGAAUGACCGUAAUGCCUGCUUAGAAUCGGAAUCCUUUGAAAAUGACAUCAACGAAAAAAUUUCAGCCAAGCAAGCCUUUGAUGAUGAAUUCGACUACCCCACUGCCAUCACCUCAGUACCAGUUCACUUCAUUCGCACCGAUCAGGGUACCUUCUUCUGGACUACCACCAGUGCCUUUGAACAGUUGUCCUGCCAGCAAGAUCGUUGGGCCCAAGCCUAA